GUGACACUCUAUUACUCUUCCUCUAGCGAUGUGUGGAACAUUGCUGGAGAUUCCAUUAGCGCCGCUUACCAAGGUGCAAUCUCAGGAACGAACUAUGAAUUCUGGAAUUUCAGUUCGACCAUUGGCAGUUCUGGCAUCGAGCAUUUCUACCUCAAGGUAAGUAAGCUUGGAGCGUUUGAGCCAUCAAUACAACUUUGAAAGAAACUCAUUGCAAAUUGCGGUUGUGGAAUGCAGUACGAUGUCAGCGGAACAAGUUAUUAUGACAACAAUGGCAGUCAAAAUUACCUUGUGACUACCACCACAACUUCUUCAACCACAACCACCAAAGCUAGUAGCACCACCACUACUACAGCCUCUAAGAGUACCUCUGCUACUACCACAACCUCAACUACUACUACUACAACAACAAGUGCUAUUGUUGCCACAACAACCACCGCUACUACCACAUCGUCCAAAACAACUACUACCAAGUCAAGUGCAUCCACUGGUACCAGCUCAUGUAGUGUACCAGCACCUGCACCUACUACUGAACUUACUCCAUGCUCAACAUGGAACUUGGACAGCUGCAAUGGUUCUCAAACUUCCUACAAUAGCACAGGCUAUGAUGAUCGAAAGUGGCAAACGCCUGGCAAAGGAAGCUCCGAUUACGUCUCAAGCUUCCAGGAUUACCGUGAACUUACUGGUUAUGCUGAUGUUACAUAUAACUCUGCUCGAACAAGUGCUACUGUAACGGUCAAUGCCUUUGCUCGUACUUGUAAUUCCAUUCUCUAUAGUUUUGGAGGUGCUACUGCCACAUCAAGCAACACCUACAGUGUGCCAGCGGGAUUUACAGGCACCCUAAGCGUUGUAGCUACUAUACCAGCACUCAAUGCUACACUAACCUUGGAUCCACUGUACUUUAUUUGGGACAAGCAGUCGGUGAAUGUCUCGGCAACCAACAAUGGUCAAAAAGUAGCUAUUGUAGAGCUAUUUGGAUGGCCAUACAACGACGUUGGAAAGGAAUGUGUCUUUCUCGGAAAGGCUGGCUGGAGUGGUGUCCGCAUCUGGCCUGCAAUGGAACAUCUGAUAACCGAUUAUUAUUAUGAAACUGAUGGCCAGUACAAUCCUUGGUAUUUCCUGUAUCAGCCUGUAUCAUAUCGUUUGACCAAAAAUCGUAUGGGUACAAGAGACGAACUCAGAGCUAUGAUAAACACGUGCCGCAGCAAUGGUGUUCGUGUUUAUGCAGAUGCUGUCAUUAAUCAUAUGACUGGUGGUGGAAAUGAUAUUCAAUUGCAUCGAACAUCAAGCGGAAGCUCAUGCACGUAUUGGAGUGGACACAACACCACGGUUGGAAGUCCAGCUUAUACUCAUGAUUUUACUUAUACACCAAACAAGCAAACUGGAGCGAGACCAGCUCUAGAAUUCCCAGCGGUUCCUUAUGGACCAACCGAUUUUCAUUGCGAACGAUCUCUCAACUCUUGGAGUGACCCAUCUGACUUGAAUUAUGGCUGGCUUGUUGGUCUGACAGAUCUCAACACAGAGUCUGAUUAUGUUAGAAACAGAAUUGCAACACAUCUUGUAGAUCUCCUGAGCAUCGGAUUCUCUGGUUUCCGUGUAGAUUCAGCAAAGCAUAUCUCUCCAGAUAACCUUGCUGCCAUAUUUAGCAAAGUUCGUCAACGCCUUGGAGGAUCUUUCCCAGAUGAAUUUAUUACAUGGCUGGAAGUGCUUAUGGGUGGUGAGAAGGAUUUGCUCGCUUGCCAGUCAUCUUCUUACAAUUACUACACGUAUUUGAAUCAAGUAUUGGCGUCCAACGGUAUAUCCGACACAGAUAUUCAGAAAAUCAAAAUUUGGAGCAGCGAUUACCCCAAGGAGUUCCCCAUUUGUGGAUCUUGGAUAUUGCCGCCUACCAGAUUUGUAAUUCAAAAUGAUGAUCAUGACCAACAAACGUCAGGGUCCUCUUCUAGGGACAUGGGAAGUGAGGGGUCUGUUCUUAUUGUUGCCAAAGACGUCGCCGCACACAGAGCCUUCGAAGUGGAGUUGUUUACCCGUACAGAUGGCAACUGGACUGUUAGAAACGUUCUCUCUAGCUAUUCGUUCAUGAACAAUGGAGCUUCUGGAUUCCCUGACGGUCUUUCUGAUUGCUCAACCUACGUAGGAACUGCUGCUAAGAGCGGAUGCCUGUCCAUGGCCUAUGCUCCUGCAUAUGUUGCAGAUUCCUGCGGAUACUCAGUUGUUGUAAAUGGAACAUGGCAGCAAGGAGCUUACACCCGUGUUCAUCGCGAUAUGUCCAUCAUAAAUGCUAUGAGAGGCUGGAUGGGCUAUGCCACUACAACCGCAACGGCAUUGGGAUUGCCUUCCACCUGCACAUAAUCCCUUUUUUCUACGCAGGAAGUAGCAAAGAUCAACCUCAUCUAUAUUGUGGUUAAUGAUU